AUGGCGCCCAUGUUGCCGCUUUGGCCUUGCAGCUCGUCCACGAACGAAGGGCUAGUGCAGAACCUCCAGAAGGAAGGUAUCGUCCGCUCCGACGCAGUCUUCGACGCCAUGAAGCGCACCGACCGAGCUCUCUUCGUCCCGCGAGCUGUGCAAGACGAGGCAUACCAGGACUCACCGUGCCCCAUCGGCUUCAACCAGACCAUCUCGGCGCCUCACAUGCACGCGCACGUCCUGGAGCUGGCCCACGCCACAUUUGCAGGUGUACUCAAGCCGCGCGUACUUGAUGUGGGUGCAGGAUCCGGAUACUUGACUGCUGCGCUUGCCCGCCUUGUGGACGACGCGGAUGGCCGCGUGUUUGGACUCGAGCUGCUGCCGGCACUUGCUCAAUCUGCACGCAAGAACGUGCUAAACGCAGCCCCUGAUCUGAUGAAGAGUGGUGUGCUGUCUCUCCACUGCUACAAUGGGUGGCACGGUCUACCCGCGGAGGCACCUUUCCACUUCAUCUUCGUCGGCGCAGCCGUCUCCUCUCCGCCGCAGGCUCUGUUGGACCAGUUAGCUGACGGUGGACAGCUUGUCGUACCUGUUGACGACCCACGCGGAGGUCAAGCUCUUGUUGGCGUCACUCGACGUGGAUCCAGCUUUAUCCACCGCAAACUGAUGCCCGUGUGCUUCGUCCCGCUUGUCCGAGGUGAAUUUCACAAGAAGCGGCGCGGGGUCAGCAUCGUUGGCGACUCGGAGAUCCCGGGACCGAAGGCGUUGCACACGUCGCACUCGUUCCGCGCGAUUCGAUAG